AUAUGCUUAAAGAAGCAAAAAUAAUUUCAGUUGCCGGAAAACAAUUGAUAUCAUAUUGAGUUGGGUCACGUAGGAUAUUAUAUUACAAGUGAUUAAAAUGACAAGCAGACGUCCUUUACACGAAAGGCGGGAAUCUAUUGACUCCAAAUCGCCUACAAAAAAUGUGUUAAAUCAGAAUUCGUGUCCUAAUAAAUACGGUGAAAAGACCAAUGAUAGUGACGAUGAAAACGAAUUAGAGGAAUCGAAAAAUGAGCCGGCUAACGCAGAGGGCGAGGGUACGGAUACAAGUGAAGACGAUUCAAACGGUCAGCAACGCUGCUCGCAAUCAAAAGCACAGAAUCAAACAUAUACACAAGCUGCAGAAGAGACAAGACCGCAAAAAGUCCAAGAAACAGGCCCGCAACGCCCACUAGAGGUGGGUGCACAGCGACGACCUGAGACGGUUCCACUCCGACGACCAGACACAGUACCACAAGCUGCGCAGCCGCAGUGUAACGUUGGAAAAACCAGAACAAAUACAUUUUCUAAAUUACUGAAAUAUUCUAUUAUUAUCAUAUUGCCGCUCAUUGUCUACUCGCAAUAUUAUAAGUCGGAGCCACAAGUGAAAACCUGCACGUUCGAGGAACUGAAAAAACGUGCGCCUUCGCAGUCGACGGAUGUGUGGAAAGCGCUGAGGUGCAACAUUGAAGAUAUGCUAAACAAGAAGAGUAAGUCUCCCAAUGUGUUCUUAUUUUUGUACACGAAUCAAAGCAACGAGUCUGAAAUGCAAAAACUGGUUAACGAUAUUGCUCUGGAAACGUCGAAAUGUUUUGAUGAACAAGAACUGGUAAAAAUGACCUUGAAUGAUUUUGAAACGCAGACUGGCGACGACUACGGCUUUCCCAUUGAACAGUAUAAAAAGAAAAUCCAACACGGCAACGUCUUUCUUAUCGUCAAUCUAAAUGAUAUACCAACGAAUGCGGCACGUGCUUUGCAUACCAUUUGCGACACAUAUAGUCCCAUUACGCCGGACGUUGUCAUCUUUUUGACGCUGCGCACUCAUCUGACAGAAGUUGCUGGCACUCCUGUCCAAUUGGCCCAUCGCACAUUGCAUGAGCUCUGGAAGCAACUACCGAAUAAUGAAUUGGAUGCACUAAUAACGCGAGUCACCGAUCAGGUGUUGCUGCUACAAAGCUAAACUUAAUUUACUAUAAUAUCAACGUUUAUUUCAGCUAUAAGCAUAAUAAAUAAAUUAGUUUUUAAAAUAAAUCCACCACAACUCGAGCACAAA